CCGGGUUGCAGUUAGGCAGAAACCUCACUGCUGAAGCAGGCAAAGCCCGAGGGCCGGGACUGGGUUAUUUAGAGCCGAGGCCCCGGGAACCCUUUCCUUCAGGAGAAAGUGCCAGAGGCACAUCUGCACCCUGGUGCCCGCAGUGUCCUGAGCACCGUGAGCUGCGGUGGAGAUGGCAGUGGCGAGCGUGGACCCCUGGUAUCGCCGACAGAAGCAGGGGGCAGUGCUGAGGACGAGAGCGAAUCCCAGGAUGUUGGAGAUGAAUACGAGGUGCCCACUCCGAGACCAAACCCUGGAAUGGAUGGUGUCGGGGGCCAUGGAGACUUGGCCUCCAACAAGGGCGAAGACCUGGAAGAGAAGAAAGAGGAGUUGGAGUCUACAGUGAGGAACUCCCCAUGGGCGGCCGACGAGGAGGUGUCCGAGGCCCCGGAAGGCGCGGGCGGCGCGGGCAACAGCGAUGUGGGGAGCUCGCUCCGUUCGCCUCCCUGCGCCCCAGGCCCUCGGCUGGGCGAGGACAUGGAAGCGUAUGUGCUGCGGCCAGCGCUGCGCGGUCUCACGGUGCAGUGUCGCAUCAGCCGCGACAAGCGCGGGGUAGACAAGGGCAUGUUCCCUUUCUACUAUCUCUACCUGGAGGCGGCCGACGGCCGAAAGUACUUCCUUCUGGCUGGGCGCAAGAGAAAAAGGAGCAAAACCUCUAAUUACCUCGUCUCCCUGGACCCCACAGACCUAUCUCGGGAUGGGGACAAUUUUGUGGGCAAAGUCAGAUCUAAUGUCUUGGGCACCAAAUUCACCAUCUUCGACAAUGGGGUGAAUCCAGAAAGGAAGAAUUUUGUCCCAGAGACUGCUCCGAUCAGGGAGGAGCUGGGGGCUGUGUGUUAUGAGACCAACGUCUUGGGAUUCCGAGGGCCCCGGAAAAUGACUGUGAUCAUUCCAGGAAUCGACGCCCAGAACCAGAGAAUCAGUGUCCAGCCACAAAAUGAACAGGAGUCGCUACUGAGUCGCCUCCAACGGGGGGCCAGCCAGGGGCUGGUCCUGCUGCAAAAUAAAGCCCCAUCGUGGAGCGACGAGAGCGGCGCGUACGUGCUCAAUUUUCAUGGUCGCGUCACUAGAACCUCGGUCAAGAACUUCCAGAUCAUGCAUCCGGAUGACCGUGAGCUCCUAGGAACUGGUUUCCCUGGGCAAGGGAGCGGGACGAGAACUACUUCUCCCAUUAGCACUUGAGCGUUUUUCUAGGCAGGGCCGA